AUGGUAACAAAACGGGUAGUAAUCUUCGGCUGUUUGGUGGCUUUCGCAACCGCCGCCAUUGAGCUGAAUCCUAGCAGACCGUUGCUAUUUGGAACCAAUCGGAUUAUUCCGGAAGUGCCGCUUGUGCCUGAUGUCGAAUCGGUAGCCGUUUGGAAUGAACUUCCGGUUCGCCAAAGUCAUUCCAAUGCACAGAACCGAAACUUUUUCCCGAUGCGAUACGUGUCCAACGAUAAAUACUACCAACCCGGUGGACCAAUCUUUCUAUUUGUUGGUGGGCCCUGGGAACUUCGGGAGCAUUUUGUGGAACAAGGACAUUUCGUUGAUAUUGCUGCUAAUAUGAGUGCUUACUUGGUCGCUAACGAAUUACGUUACUAUGGUGAAAGCAUACCGGUUGAGGACGCGACUCGUCACAACUUGCGGUACCUGGCCCUAACGCAAAUACUACCGGACAUUGCAAGCUUAAUAGCACAUAUCAGAGACAAUGUUCUGCAAGACCCUAGAGCACGAGUGAUUCUAGGCGGUGUUGGUUUCUCCGGAUCACUCGCCCAGUGGACUCGUAAAAGUUAUCCACAUCUCGUGCAAGGCGUUUGGUCUUCGAGUGGCAUGUCAUUUGCAAGUAAUAAUUUUAGCAGAUUUGCUCAGGAAGUUGGGGGCAAUAUCCGUGCCCAUGGUGGCGAUGAAUGUUACAAUGCCAUCUGGCAAGGAUUUGGCAUUGCUGAAAAUCUCAUUGACGCGGGUCUUUCGGAAACCGUCGAUAGGCUCUUUAAUGUCUGCAAUCCAAUUGAUGCUGGAAACCCUUUUGACGUUGAAGCAUUCUUCAAUGGCAUUUUCAACGAAAUAACUCUACAGGCUACCACCGUGAAUCUACGUGAAAAUAUUGCACGAAUGUGCGAGGUACUUACCAGUCCCGAUCAACCAAAUGCAAUGACUGCAUUAUCAGAUUGGCUGACCAGCAGCUUUGGGAACGCCGAGUGUCUGGUGAUGGAUUUUGAAAGCAUUGUUGAAACCUACCUAGUGACUGAUUGGCAGGAUGAAAUGCUCCGCAACGGAGAACGACAAUGGCUGUUCCAGCGAUGCACCUCAAUGGGAUGGCCACUAACAGCGGAUUCUCUGCAGCAGCCAUUUGGUAGCCGCAUUAGUGUAAACUUUUUCCAGGAACUUUGCUCACGACUUUUUGACGAAUGGCUGACCCCGGACGUCUUUAGAUCACUGGUAAGAGAUGCAAACCUUUUCUUCGGAGGAAAUCAACCCGAUGUACAACGCGUAUAUUUCUCUCACGGUGCUCAAGACCCGUGGCGUUACGUAGCUGUAAGAUCGGUCUCUGGUGACGCAUUUAGCCGUCAGACUGCAAAUGCCACCCAUGGGGAAGAUCUGGCUUCCAUCUCCGAUGCAGAUUCCGAUGCAUUGAGACAGAGCAAAGAGUUGAUUGCGGAAGCCCUCCGGCGUUGGGCGGUAUAA